ACUGUAAUUGAUCGCUGACUGAAGAGAAGAGAAAAAACAAUUGCCUGCGAUGUACAAGUACGGGGGGAGUUUUCGUACCGAGUUGAAAUCUUCCAUUUUUAACGAGUGAGAAGAAACCAUCUAAGCAACACUAAAGAAAAACGUAGUGGUGCGGGCCAUUACAAGUGUGCCUUUUUGCUGGUCUUAAGGAUAAUCGCAGUCUGCUCGGAUUCAGUAUGGAUUGGGGCACCGAUCUCUGGGACCAGUUUGAUAUUAUAGAAAAGCACACACAAUGGGGAUUGGACCUGGUGGAGAAGUAUGUUAAAUUUGUGAAGGAGAGGACUGAAAUAGAGCAAAACUAUGCAAAGCAACUAAGGAGUUUAGUAAAGAAAUUUAACCCAAAACGAGGGACAAAAGAGGACCAGGACUGCAAGUACACACACUAUCAAUCCUUUUUGGACAUCCUUAAUGAGAUGAAUGACUAUGCUGGGCAGCGAGAGGUCAUUGCUGAGAACAUGAUGAUGAACAUAUGCAUAGAGCUGACUAAGUACUCACAAGACAUUAAACACGAGCGGAAAUCGCACUUACUUGACGGCAGAAAGUCACAACAGCUCCUGGAAUCUAGUUACAAGCUACUUGACAAUAGCAAGCGGCGGUUUGAGCGGGAGUGGAGAGAAGCAGAAAAAGCUGGUUUAAAUGCUGAGCGGAUAGAUCAAGACAUCAAUGCCACAAAAGCUGAUGUAGAGAAGGCAAAACAGCACGCAAACCUGAGGGCUCACGUAGCGGAGGAAUGCAAGAAUGACUACGCAGCUCAGCUUCAGAAGUAUAAUAAGGACCAAAACCAGUUCUAUUUCAUAGACAUGCCUCAGAUAUUUAAUAAGAUGCAGGAUAUGGAUGAGAGGCGCAUCAAGAAGCUAGCAGAUGGUUAUCGUACCUUUGCCGACAUAGAACGUCGUGUGAUACCAAUCAUUGGAAAAUGUCUGGAUGGCAUUAACAAGGCAGCUGAUGUCAUUAAUGAGAAGAAUGAUACUUUGACACUGAUUGAGUUGAACAAAUCUGGAUUUGAGAGACCAAUGGAUCAGGAGUUUGAAGAUUACAGUCAAGGCAUAAAUCGGACUGCUUCUGACAGCAGCCUUGGGACACCUAAAACUCCUGCUGAUUCUCGUAUUGAUCACCGUGCAACCAUGAAGAACAAAAAUAAAUUGUGGCCCUUCAGUAAGAAGAACAAGCUACCCCCUCCUCCUCUCCUACCUCUCAAUGCUUACUCCUGCCCAUCCUCCUCUUCCUUGGCCGUUAAUGGACCCCCUUCCCCCAAGUUCAGCCGGGAUCCUCUGUCUUACUGUCUAAACGAGAUCAAUAAGACAGUGAAACCCCGAAUCUCCUCGUUCCGCAGCCUAAGGAGAACGCCCACAAACUCUGAGGAUUUCAGCCAUCUUCCACCAGAACAAAGGAGAAAGAAACUCCAACAGAAAAUAGAUGAACGGAACAAGGAACUACAAAAGGAGUUGGAUCAGAGGGACGCUCUGAAUAAAAUGAAAGAUGUCUAUCAGAAGACUCCACAGAUGGGUGACCCGAACAGCUUAGAGCCACAAAUCAUUCAAACCAUGAACAAUAUAGAACGGCUUCGCCUGGAGGUUCAAAAAUAUGAGUCAUACUUGUUGAAUGCUGAGGGACGGCAGGUGAAUCGCAGUGACACCUUGAAGUACAAUGCUCAUUAUAAUCAAACAACUACCAUCAAUAACAACAAUGGGUCACUUGAAAAAGACAGCCCUGAAGCUGCUCAUUCUGAUGAUAGCAGUCAGGACAAUAUUUCUCAGCCUAUCUAUGCAGAGUUUGAUGACGACUUUGAAGAAGAAGAAUCCAUUCUUCCCAUUGGGCAGUGCACUGCUAUGUAUACAUUUGAUGGUUCCAGCGAAGGUACAAUCUCCAUGACAGAAGCAGAGACAUUUAGUGUUGUAGAAGAAGACAAAGGAGAUGGAUGGACCAGAGUCCGAAGGGCAAAUGGUGAUGAAGGCUAUGUGCCAACUUCUUAUGUGAAAAUUACUCUACAGAAGAAGUGAUCUUCAUCAUUCUUUCUCUUUUGCAAGGGGGACUGGCCUUAUUUAUCAUACUGAAAGCAAACAACUUCAAAAUUCAGCCGCCAUUUCAUUUUCAAUAUUUUUAUUAUUUUUUUUUUUUAAGUUUGCAUUCACAAGUUAUCCAUUUGAGCCUUGUUGAUGCAGAUGGACUAAUUUCUUUGAGGAGAAGAAGAAGAAGAAAAACAAGCUGCACACAAAUGCCUCAUUAACUUUGAUCAUUACGGAGAGCAGAUAUAUUUAAAUGCUGACAUUUUAUUGUUUUAUCAGUAAGAAUAUUUUAAUGAAUGAAUGUUUUUAUUUAGCAUUCUUUUGAAAAGAAGGUUUAUUGGAAACUGUUUUGUCAGCAGAUUUCAUUUAAGCUGUACUUACUGGGCUCUAAUUGCAAAUUUUCUGGAAAUGAAAAUGGUAUCAGAGUCUUCAUGGUGGCAUACUGUUCUGUUAAAUAACUGAGGCCACUACAGGACUGGCACUGAUAAUCCUGACCCUUAGUUAGUCUUGUAGGAAGUGAGCAGAACUUUAUUUUAUUAUUUUUAUUUUAUUUUUUAUUUUUUUUUUGUGUGCUCAACCUGGAUGAUAGAGACUGAGCUUUGAAUAUCAAAAGUCUUCAUCGGCUGUCUUUUUAGCAUAGGACAAUGCAGGCGCACUUAGAUACACACUCAUAUCCAGGCAAUCCGAGAGAAAUGGAAUUGGCGCAGCUGGAAAAACUCAAAUUAAUUAUUUUUAGGACAUGUUUUCACAAGUUCUGACUAUAAGUAGCCUUUGUUUUUCUGUUUUAUUUGAUUUAGAAUAUUUUCAUUGAUCUGUACAAGGAGUGCUGGGUUCAAAAGCCAUUUUCUGUAAGACUUUGAUAGAAAUACACCUAUUAAGCACAUCUUCAUCAUCAUCAAUACAGUUCAAGCUCUGUGUGUGUGUGUGUGUGUGUGAGAAUAGUGCCAUCUACUCCUACAGUCAUAGACUAGGAUCAUACUGCCACAGCAGUAUCAACCUUGGCUGAUAAUUUACUGUUUUAUUACUUUUAUUAUUUAUUCAUUGUACAGUGGAACCUCUAGAUACGAGUUUAAUUCGUUCCAGCACUGAGCUUGUAUAGCGAAUUUCUCGUAUCUAGAACAAACGUCCCCAUUGAAAAUAAUGGAAAUCCAGUUAAUCCGUUCCGCAUCCCAAAUAUAUUAACAUAAAAAUCAUUUUUCCUAACAAAUAACACUGAUAAAUUAUAUAUACUGUAGUCUACCUUUAAUAAAUAACACUGGUAAAUAAUAUAACUGAUUAUUAAAAGAAUCAAAACAGGUGUCCAAAGUGCAGUAGAGCAUUCAAUAAAUCUUUAAAUAAAUAAUCCUUAAAACAGUUGUGAAGUGGAGGUUUAAAAUACAUAAGAAUAACAAUCCUUUAACACGAGGUUAAAACGUCAACAUGAAGCAGUCUUCAAAAAACAGAUGACAAUCCCCGGUGCUUCUUCUCUGUUAGCGUCUCACCUGCUUCUCCCAUGCGGGCUCUGCAACAGGCGAGACACUUAAUGCAGCUGACCUUCUCUACACCGUCCUGCUUCAGCUGUUUGGCUCGCCUGUUCAGCUACACACGAGCCUGUACUCGCUCGCUCUCUCGCACCGACUUCCUACUGCUGCGUAUUCCUGCCUCCUCCUGCAACCUCCGUUCUCUCUCCUCUCCUCUCUUUUCUUUUACUUCUUCUCCCCCUUAACCGGCUCGCGCUUCUCUAUAUAUGCGGGGAAGACAUGGCAGCUGCUAGGGUUACCACUUUUAAUACAAAAAAAUAAGGGACGCAUACGUAUUGAUUCAAAACGGGACGCGCAAUUUCAUUCUCAAAUACUGGACGAUUCCGUAUUUUAAAGGACGGGUGGCAACCCUGCCCAGCCCAUCAGCCACCGGACAAAUCAUGGAUGUGGGCAGUUUCCCACCUGUGCACUUAGGUGAGAAACGCAGACACCGCAGAUCGCCCUGCGGCUCGCUACAGCUACCACGCCCCCUCGCUAAGCCGCGAGCUAUACCCACAGCCUGGCACGUGGCUCAUUACGUGAGCCAAUGCUCGUAUUUAGAUCUGAAUUUUUCGCUGAUACUUUCCUCGUAUUUUGAAUUUCUCGUAUACAGAGGUGAUCGUAUCUCGAGGUUCCACUGUAUUUUCUUUUUCAUAUUUGACAAACACUAUUUUGAAUUAAAAUACUUCAUAUUUUAUGGUAAUUUCAAAUUGUACUUGAUUGGAGAAGCUACUUUUAUUUUGCGAAGGUAUCUACAUUGCAGUUUGUUUUUUUUAGACUUUAUUUUAAUGCAUUUUAUAGCACACAUUUUAACAGGCCACUGUUUGUCAGGCUUAGAUCCCUGUUACAACAUAUGUCUUUAUAUUUUAUUAUUUAUUAAUUUCUCCUACAUUAUUAAAGUUUUCAUUUCUUCAUUAUUCAUUCGCAAAGCCUUUAUAUUUUUAAGAUUACAUUUUAAAGUUUUUGGGAAGGCUUUCUCUGAAUCUGUUAGGAUGGAAAAAAAGGUAGUAGGUACAUUAUUUUGGAGUAUCUGACUCUUGCCUUUUAUGGGACAUUUUAAUUCCCCUCAUAUUAACUUUUAGAACGUUUAGUCUGCGAUUUUUCCAUUUUUCUUAAACCACUUAUCAAAGUUUAAUCAGGGUUUGCUCCGAAGCUGCAAUGACAAUGAAAGUGUUUUACAGAUUACAAAUGCAAAAAAAUCUGUUUAUUCAAUGUUGCUUAGAGAUUAACACCCAACAACCACAAAAGAUAUUUCUCUUUGAGUUUAAACCACAGUGCUGUGCUCACCUAUGACAGUGUUCUACUUUUAAACCAAAAAUGCUAUCCUUCUCUGUCACAGUGCUUAAGAAUUAAUUUUCUAAGUUAUUAAGAGUCACAUGCAAAAAGUGGGAUACCCAUCUAGUGUUAGAUUUAGAACAAAUGCUUUGCCCAUCCUUCUAUGCUUGGGUUCUGGUUGAUAGUGCGGCAGUCACAUCCUUCAAGUCAUUCCAUGCUUCAGAACACACACACAAACACACAGACAUGCACCUUAAAAUUGCUGAAACUGUGAUAACCACCAAGUUCCCUUCCUGUGGGUUUUUAGAUAUCUUGCAGUUUAAAUGAAAACUAUGUAGACCUAAAGGGGGUGUGCAAAUGCAUGUACACCUGGAGUUUUGCACACAAAAAGGAAAAAUCAAAUUAAAUGGACUAUUUGUUAAAAUACAUUUAUAUACUAUCAUGUUUAUGUAUACUUAAAUAUAUAUUGAAAUAUAUAUAAGAAAUAAUAUAUUUUAGCUAUCACAAUAUCUACUUUAAAAGGUAGUUAUGGUCACCCCCCAGCUUUGAAUCUGAGCCCAUUUUUGUACUCCUGUAAAUUGUUUGUAUGUAGUUAUAUUGUACCUAUGUGCCUUGGUCACAUUUUACAGUGCAUUGCAAACUGAAGAAUUUCUGCCUAAUGUAUCUCCCCAAAAACAUAAUGAAUGGGAUUUACCACUUCUGGUAUCAGUGUUGAACACUUUAAAGGCUGGAAGAAUGAAAAGACUCAUUAGAUCGGGUAUAUUCAGAUAGGAUUUUCAGGGCUGUUCAGAUUCCUCUCAGGAACGCUGUCAUUAAAAAUCUAAUCGGCUGAAUGAAGGGGGGAAGAAAGAACAAAAAAAGAGGAGAUUUUACAUUUCUGAAUUUGGUCAUUUCAUCUUCUGCUCUUGAAUUUGCAAAAUGUUUGCCUUGAAAUUUGCUGCUGUCGAUGUCCGAUCUUUGUGAGGGACUGUCUUGUUACUGAAAACUUAUUUUUUUUGUAGUGAAAAAACACUUCGGGUUUGCUGCUUCCAAUAGAACGGGGCCAAUUUUUGGGGACACAGCAUUGCAUGAACCCCUUUGAUGGAUCUGGAAGGUAAAAUAUAUAUUUUUUUUUUUUUCGUUCAGCUUUGCUGACUGCAGUACUGUAGUUUAUUAUAUUCAGCAAACUCAAGUUCCAAUAAAUUGCAGAAAUAUUUUAUUGUCACUUAUCAAAGAACCUGUGGUCGAGUUGAGUUUUUAUUUGCAAUGCCUGCUGUUUUUAUUGUUUUCAAAUAAAAGAAUUUAUUUAAGUAAUAA